AUGCUCCUCCUGCUGGCCUCACUUCAGAUCCUGGCUCUGGCCAUGGUCCAGAGCCAAGAGGAUGAGAACAAAAUAAUUGGCGGCUACUCCUGCAUCCAGCACUCCCAGCCGUGGCAGGCGGCCCUGCUGGUGGGUGUCGCCCGCAGCUUCCACUGCGGAGGGGCCCUGCUGUCCGACCAGUGGGUCAUCACAGCCGCUCACUGCUCCCGCCCGAUCCUUCGGGUCGCCCUGGGCAAGCAUAACCUGCAGAGGCGGGAGGCCACCCAGCAGGUGCUGCGGGUGGUCCGCCAGGUGCCACACCCCCAGUACAACGCCCGGACCCACGACAACGACCUGCUGCUGCUGCGAUUGCAGCAGCCGGCCCGACUGGGGCGUGCAGUGCAGCCCAUCCCCGUGGCCAGGACCUGCGCCAACCCGCAGACGCCCUGCCGUGUGUCCGGCUGGGGCACCACGUCCAGCCCCAUCGCCAGGUACCCCAACUCUCUGCAGUGCGUGAACAUCAACAUCACCUCCCGUCAGCAAUGUGAGCAGGCCUACCGGGGCGCCAUCACCCCCGGCAUGGUCUGCGCAGGAACCCCGGAAGGCGGGAAGGACUCUUGUCAGGGAGACUCCGGGGGACCCCUGGUGUGCAAAGGGAAGCUCCAGGGCCUGGUGUCCUGGGGGAUGGAGCGCUGUGCCCUGCCUGGCUACCCCGGCGUCUACACCAACCUUUGCAAGUACGACGACUGGAUCCAUCAAACCAUUCAGAGCGCAUGA